CGCCGUGUCAAUGUUUUGACUGACGUGGUUCCCACCAUCAUACCACUCUGAAGAGGACUCCCGUUAACCCUCCAUGAGUCGUAAGGACCUGCUACGCUUCCUAUCCAAGCCAGCAAAACUUCUCUAUACCAUACAGCAGACAUCCUCCUCUGCUAGACCCGAUACUUUCAACGGUAUCGGUAUCUGUCAGUUCGAGGGUCAUCGACAACUGAUCACCAUUCCGGCACUCAAAGCGUUCUAUCUCCCCAUCUCCACCCGCCCGCCCUAA